GGAGGCCGACCCUUCCUCUAAAGCCACCGUACGUGAGAAACAUGAAGCUCAGAGCCCAGAGCAGCAGAACAAACCAGACUCACCUGAGCCUGGACCUGAAGCCAGCUGUGUGUCCCUGAUGACUGCCCGGUCCAUAACCCCACCACCGGAUUUUAAGAGACUGGACACGGAGAUCCAGCAGAGUCCGGGUCCUCCAGAGCCGAGCCUCAUGUCCUUGAAAAGUGAUCGGUCGAUUGCUGAGCCGCUGUACUUUAAAAAUGAAAGGAUCCAGCAGAGUCCGGGUCCUUCAGAGCCGAGCCUCAUGUCCUUGAAAAGUGAUCGGUCGAUUGCUGAGCCGCUGUACUUUAAAAAUAAAAGGGUAGAGCAGGAGAACACCGAGGCCCCCGGGGAUCAGUCCGCCCAUCAGCAGCAAACUGACCUGGACUCCAUAUUCAUGCUGCUGGAGGACAACAUCGUCACUUUUGUGAAGAGCGAGCUGAAGAGAGUUCAGAGGGUCCUGUCUACAGAUUACAUACAAGGAAAGAGUGAGGAAGAGGAGGAGCUGGGCUGCAUGCAGGGAGAGCAGCAGAGGGUCAGCAGAGAGGCCUUCCUUCAGAUCAUCCUGCUCUUCUUGAGGAGAAUGAAGCAAGAGGAGCUGGCUGACUGUCUGCAGAGCAGAACUCUGCCUGCAGGAACUGCAGAGUGCAGACAUAAACUGAAGUCUCACCUGAAGAAGAAGUUCCAGUGUGUGUUCGAGGGGAUCGCUAAAGCAGGAAACCCAACCCUCCUGAACCAGAUCUACACAGAGCUCUACAUCACAGAGGGAGGGACUGGAGAGGUCAACGAUGAACAUGAGGUCAGACAGAUUGAAGCAGCAUCCAGGACCCCACACAGACCAGAGACCACCAUCAGACAAGAAGACAUCUUUAAAGGCUCACCUGGACGAGACGAACCAAUCAGAGCAGUGCUGACAAAGGGAGUGGCUGGCAUCGGGAAAACAGUCUUAACACAGAAGUUCACUCUGGACUGGGCCGAAGGCAAAGCCAACCAGAACAUACACUUUGUGUUUCCCUUCACUUUCAGAGAGCUGAAUGUUCUGAGAGAGAGAAAGUUCAGCUUGGUGGAACUUGUUCAUCACUUCUUUACUCAGACCAGAGAAGCAGGACUCUGCAGGUUUGAAGAGCUCCAGGUUGUGUUCAUCUUUGAUGGUCUGGAUGAGUGUCGACUUCCUCUGGCCUUCCACAACAAUCAGAUCCUGACUAAUGCUACAGAGUCCACCUCAGUGGAUGUGCUGCUGACAAACCUCAUCAUGGGGAGACUGCUCCCCUCUGCUCACCUCUGGAUCACCACAAGACCUGCAGCAGCCAAUCAGAUCCCUCCUGAGUGUGUUGACAUGGUGACAGAGGUCAGAGGGUUCACUGACCCUCAGAAGGAGGAGUACUUCACGAAGAGGUUCAGAGACAAGGAGCAGGCCAGCAGAAUCAUCUCCCACAUCAAGAAAUCCCGAAGCCUCCACAUCAUGUGCCACAUCCCGGUCUUCUGCUGGAUCACCGCUACAGUUCUGGAGGAUGUGCCGAAGACCAGAAAGGGAGGAGAGCUGCCCAGGACCCUGACUGAGAUGUACAUCCACUUCCUGGUGGUCCAGUCCAGACUGAAGAGCAUCAAGUACGAUGGAGGAGCUGAGACUGAUUCACACUGGAAUAGAAAGAACAUAAACAUGGUUCUCUCUCUGGGAAAACUGGCUUUUGAGCAGCUGCAGAAAGGAAACCUGAUCUUCUAUGAGUCCGACCUGACAGAGUGUGGCAUCGAGAUCAAGGAGGCCUCAGUGUAUUCAGGAGUCUUCACACAGGUCUUCAGAGAGGAGAGAGGACUGUACCAGGACAAGGUGUUCUGCUUCAUCCACCUGAGCAUUCAGGAGUUCCUUGCUGCUCUUCAUGUCCAUCUGACCUUCUCCGAGUCUGGACUCAACCUGAUAAAAGAAACAAAACCAAAGUCCUGGUGGUCUGACUUGUUGGUAGACAAACCAACACUUUUUUACCAGAGUGCUGUGGACAAGGCCCUGCAAAGCCCAAAUGGACACCUGGACUUGUUCCUCCGCUUCCUCCUUGGUCUCUCACUGGAGACCAAUCAGAAACUCCUUCAGCUUACACAGAUAGGAAGUAGCUCACAGACCUUGAAAACAGUCCAGUAUAUCAAGAAGAAGAUCAGUGAGGAUCUCUCUGCAGAGAGAAGCAUCAACCUGUUCCACUGUCUGAAUGAACUCAAUGACAGUUCUCUAGUGGAGCAGAUCCAACAGUAUCUGAGUUCAAGGCGUGUUGAUGCAGAUGAACUAACUUCUGCUCAGUGGUCAGCUCUGGUCUUCAUCUUGCUGUCCCCAGAAAGAGAUCUGGACGUGUUUGACCUGAAGAAAUACGGUGCUUCAGAGGAGGCUCUUCUGAGGCUGCUGCCCGUGGUCAAAGCCUCCAACAAAGCUCUGCUGAGUAGCUGUGGCCUGACGGUGAGAAGCUUUGAAGCACUGUCGUCAGUUAUCAGAUCCCAGUCCUGCAGUCUCAGAGAGCUGGACCUGAGUAACAAUGAUCUGCAGGACUCAGGAGUGAAACUGCUGUCUGCUGAACUGACUUCUCCACAUCGAACACUGACAACUCUCAGGUUCAGUGGUUGUAAACUGUCUGAGAGAAGCUGUGCAGCUCUGUCUUCAGUUUUAAGCUCUCGUGGCUCUAGUCUGAGAGAGCUGGACCUGAGUAACAACAACCUGCAGGACUCAGGGGUGAAGAUGCUCUCAUCUGGACUGAGUAGUCCUCACUGUUCCCUGGAGACUCUAAGGUUGAAUGACUGCAGACUCUCAGUGACAAGCUGUGAAGCUCUGUCCUCAGCUCUUAGCUGCCAGUCCUCUAGUCUGAGGGAGCUGGACCUGAGUAACAACAACCUGCUGGACUCAGGAGUGAAGCUGCUGUCUGCUGGACUGCGGAGUCAGCACUGUGUUCUGGAAAAUCUCAGUCUGUCAAGCUGUCUGAUUGCAGAGGAAGGCUGUGCUUCUCUGGCUUCAGCUCUGAGCUCCAACCCGACCCAUCUGAGAAAGUUAGACCUGAGCUACAAUCAUCCAGCGGGCUCAGGAGUAAAGCAGCUCUCUGCUGGGCUGGAGGAUCCACUCUGGAAACUCGACACUCUUAGGUUGGACCAUGGUGGACCGCAGAGACUGAAACCUGGUGUGGCCAAAUAUACCUGUGAACUGGAACUGGACACAAACACGGUGAGCAGAAAGCUCAAACUGACCGAUGGCAACAGGACCGUGACCCGUGUGAAGGAGGAACAACCUUAUCCUGACCAUCCGGACAGAUUCAGCUCUCCUCGGGUGCUUUGUAAAAAUGCUCUGACUGGUCGCUGUUACUGGGGGAUCGAGUUGACAGGACGGGUGGAUAUGGCAUUGACCUACAAAAGAAAAAGGGAAGACAUUGAGCACUGUGAGUUUGGGAGAAAUGAUUAUUCCUGGAGUCUAAGCUGCAGGGGUGAUGAUGCAUUCUGGGCCCUGCAAGCAGGUACAGGAAAAUACGUCUACACCUCGUCUUCUGUCUCAAACAGAAUAGCUGUAGACCUGGACUAUCUUGCUGGCACUCUGUCAUUUCACAGUGUUUCUUCUAACACACUGACACACCUCCACACCUUCAACACCUCGUUCACUGAACCUCUUUAUGUAGGGUUUGCUUUGGAGCCUAGUUCCUCAGUGUUUCUGUGUUCUCUGUAAGUCUGAGAGAGAGAAACUCUGCUGACCACAGAUCAGGUUCUAACAUCUCACUUUACUUUGUUCUCCAUCUCACCCUCUGCACUGUGGAGCAGAUACCACACUGGAACAGCAAUAAUGUUCCUGGGUCAAUUUGACCCGGGGCAUAUUCAUUAU